AUGCCACACUCAGAACAGCAGCUUUUGCGGAGCAAGACAAACCCAGUUUCUCUCUUGCCAGUAGAGAUCCUGACCGCCAUUGCCGAUCAACUUGCACGGCACGAUCACGGAUCCUGUUGCAAAGUCAAUCGUCAGUGGUAUGCAUUUUUUCGGCGCUUCUUGUACAAGGCCAUCGACGUUUCGACACGGAAACGCUACCACACAUUCCUGAAGCAUGCCCGACAACAUCAAGAACGAUAUCAUCAUAAUCCUUCUGCUCUUCAUUAUUAUCCAGACCCAGGUCAAUGGGUACGCGAGGUGUCUUUUCAGAAUAGCGACACUAAGAGCGGCAGUAGCUUAUUAUCUCUACACGAUUGGCGAGAACUGUGCGAACUGUGUCCCAACAUUGACGUGCUUCACCUCAAUGUUAUUGGCAUCAUGCAGCUGCAACAGCUCCCGGUAUCGCUGUUUCCGUCGUUAUACCAUCUGACACUUGACUAUGAUUGCCAAAAUCAUGAUCGACGGCGACGGAAAUGUUUACAACAGCAGCAGCAGCAGCAGCAAAUCGAUAGACUUUACUUUCACUAUGAAGAAGAAGACGAGGACGACGAUUUCAGCUCUGAUCAUGACGAUCCUAGCAACAAUGAAUAUGUGGACGACUAUUACGAUCAAGAAAUGUUGUAUUAUACCAGCUACGAUCCAGCAGCAGCAAUGCCAUCCUCCAUGGAUCAAAUACUAUUCAAAUCGAUACCAAGCAACUUGCGCUCACUUUCACUGCAAAAGAUAUUUAGGGCACUUCGGGUCGACCAUCUAGAAAUGAUCCACCAAGCGUGUCCUACUCUGACGGACCUGAAUCUCUCUGUGGAGUUUCUAUGUCACCUGCCCUAUAACAAUGAUACCAUUAUUCCGCCAGAUAGCAACAGCGACGAUGAUGAUGACAUUACCACGAGGGGUGAUACUAGCAAGAAAAAGCGCGGGCUUCCACUCCAACAGCUGCAGCGUCUUUGCAUAACCACAACAGCUCCCUUUCAUGGUUACGAUGCUAUCAUGACGAGUGGAUGGAUGGAAUAUAUACUAUCCACCUAUUUAAACCUUGAUCGGCUGAAACUCGGUAGUCAUAUCAUUACGGAGUCGACAUCGUCGUCGACUUUAUCAUCUCCGAACAACAACAACAGCCAAUACGAUGUGGUGCUAACGAGACACGGAUUAUCGCUUGAUCAUUUGGGUCAAAUUCAAAAUGAGCUAGUGCGUUUCAUAGCGUGUCUGCGUUCUUCAUCCAAACAUCCUCUUUCUCGGAGUAGUCAUCAUAAUCUAAUGACGAGAAUGAGAAUGCAACCAUCUACUUUGACGACGACGAGGACGCCCCAUGACCUCCAACGCCAUUAUCACCACCACCACCCUUACUACCAUAACAACAAAUGCACCACAUCGGACAUUCAACAUGCACUUGCAGAUGCACCCGUCGAUCUCUUUGAUAUACGUUUAAAGUUUCAUCACCCCAUCCACUCUUACAACAACAGCAGCAACAUUGUUCAGCUCGACUUGAUUGGCAAACAACAGCAAGAAGAUAUAGUAGGAGCAGGCAGCAGCAGCAGCAGCAGUAGUACUAGUAGUAGUAGUAGUAGUGAUUUUCCGCAUACAUUAAACAUCGACAUGCUCCUGACACAUUUACCGUUUCUCCGCCAACUCAAUGCCGAAGCUGUCAGUUUAGAGCGCGGCCAACGAAACGCCUCGGUUACUGUUGUCGACCCAAAAGAACAGCAACAUCAUCAUCAUCCACUCCGCGCAAUGAUCCUCAAACGUAGCUGGGUAUGCGAUUCAGCGCUCGAUUCAGUCAUUCUUCGAUGUCCACGGCUCAAUCAGCUCGCCCUCGUCGAUUGCAGCUUGCUACUCUUGUCGCAGAAAAGAAAUAAUGCAUCAUUUACACUGUACAUGCCCAAUCAUGUCAUGCAAAAGAUUGUGUUGCAAGGCGUUUCAUUGACGGAUUAUUCCGGCGUACUGCUAGCUUUUGAUGAUUAUCCGAUCCGACUUGUUCAGUUGGUGACCAUCAAUGCAUUGCCUCGGUUUGUUCUGUCUGAUGCUUAUGAGGAUCAAGGGAACGAUGAUCCAUGGUGUUGUUAUACCAGCACUAUACAAUGUCGUUCUUUGGAUCAAUUGAUUGUAAAAUGA